AAAUUAGAAUAUCUAUGCGACUUUUCGCAUAAACAUGUCACAAAAUUGCAAACGUUUUCCCAUAUAUUGAAAUUAUAUCUAAGAAUUAUUGUUAUAGAAAUAAAAUUUUCUGCUUAUUAAACAAUGGCGACUGCAAAGUCGCAGAAAGAAAAACCAUAUGGGGCGACUCCACGCCUGCUGCCGCGCCCAACCGCUGCAUCCGCCGCACGCGCCGCCAAAAAUGCGUCCAACCGCAAUCAGACCGCACUAGUCACGCAGCGACAGUCCCCUGCUCGGGCACCGCCAUCACCUGUGUCCUCUAAGAUAAAGACUGCUCUUACACGCAUUGGAUUUAAGCCUGAAUCAAAAACGGAAAUCAAAAUAAACAGAAAUUGUGAAAAUGAAAUUCACGAUCCUCCUAAUUUUGAGGUUCUAGUGAAACAAGAAGCAGAUCUAUCUUUCGCUGCUGAUAAUGACAACGAGGUGCUAGUGAUCACUCAAAUGGAGCAUGUUUCAUUUUCAAGGACAGAUGAAAUGCAAGAAUUAGAUAGUUCUCUUGGUAAACAUGAUUCACAUAUAACUGAGGAAAGUAUGUCAGUUCCAGAACAAUUAUCUGCCACGCCAAUUGGGCAACCCGACAGAAUAAGUCCCGAGCAACCUUCACUAAGUCGACCGCAAACACCUAGAAGUAUUUCAAGUCGUCCACAAACGCCAAGAGCACCGAGUCGACCAAGCACCCCAGCGCACCCUGCGCAGCGCCAAGGCACACCAGCCAGCCGUCCCAAUACUCCAAAUCGAAACACACCCUGUUCUCGACCUAUAACUCCUUCCAGGCCCGUUGCUUCAUUACCUCGUCCCGUGACACCAGUCUCAUCGAACCGCUCUGAGAUAAAAGAAGGGGACGAUUUGAAAUCGUUAUACGUUAGCAAACAACAUCAAUUUCAUCAAAUGAAAAAGGAAUUAGACCUAAAACAGCAAGCAAUAUUAGAAGUUUUCGGUGGUUUACGAGCUCUGCGAGAGCAUAUGAUUAGCGAAGGAAUAGCAGGCGGGGGCGAAGGUUGCCAGGAGUUGGUGGUGUUCAACGUAGCUGACUGGGCGCCAGAGGAGGUGGCACAGCUUUGUCGCGAUGCCAUCGCUUCUCCGGAUACUGACGGAGCUAUGGAAUUAUUCAAAACAAUUGACGAGCGUGCACUAGCUGAUGUAGAGUCUAAGACAUUAAAUAUACCCGGAUGUUUUGCUGACUUAUGCCUCCAGGCAUUUACGGCGAGGCAAGAACUAAUAGAUUGGGUGAAGGAAUUAAUAGAGAAUCAUGAAUUUGAAGGCAAUGAAGCAGUGAAGAGAAUAGCUCAGUAUAACGCGCAGGGACUCGAGCUCUGUGAAGCUCUACGUGAGAUGAAAUCUCAGGCGGACGAUGCUGUUGAUGCCGUCACAUUACUUUCUAAGAGAGUGUGUCGUGAACGGUCAACGUUAAUGUCAAUUGGAGAAUCGUUAGUUCGGGAAAUAGCGCGGCUACGUCAAGACUUACAAGCUCGCACCAAUGUACUAGUGGAGGAACAAGAAUCACGUGCUGAAGAUGUAACUAAAGCAUAUGAGGAAUUGCGCCGUGAACUUGAAGAAGAGAGAGCUGCAAAAACGGCUAUCAAGGAUAAACUAUCAACAACAGAAGCUCAAUUGCGGCAGACACGCUUACGGGUCUCCAAAAUGGACAAGCAAUUACGUGAGGCAGAAGCAAGCAUAGCCAGCCUUACGGGGACCGUGAAAACCUUAGAAGACCAGAGCAGACAACGAGAAGUUCAAUUAGAAGCGAGAGCAAGGAAGUUAAAAGAAUCUCUGAAAACCGGUGAAGUGGCCAGUGGACAAAUUGCACAAAAACGUGACGCUCUACAGGCUGAGGUCAACCAAUUAAAAGAAAAAACUGAAUCAAUGACGAUGCAACAUAAAGCAGAGGUGCAAGAUUUAAAUAACAAAUUGAAAGAAUUGACGGCUGCCCUUGAAGAACAGAAAAAAAUAACAAAAAUUGUGACUGAACAAAAAGAAGAAAUCGAAAUGUUAUUGAAAGAAAGCCAAAAUGAUAUAAAAGAGUUAAAAGCUCAAGUCGCUGAGCUCGAAAGUAGUAAACCCAAUCCUGAUUUACCAACUGAGAGAGAAAUGGAUUUGUGGGCCGAACUACAAGCAACUAAAGAAAUGUUGAGAAGUACGGAGGACGAAGUAGCCUCGACUAAAAGGGAUAAAGUUCGCUUUUUGGAAACGCUGACAAAGAUUUCGGAAUCGGACAACAAAAUAGGCAUGCAACAAAAGCUGGCAGCUGAAUUACUAAGUAAAGAAGAAAUAGUAGCCAAAAUGCAAACACAAAUUAGGGAGCUAACAAAGAAUAUAAAACUUAAUGAACAAAAAUUGAUUCAAUAUGAACGAUAUAUUCGAGAUUUGCAAGCUCAUUCUCGUGCUAUAGCGAAUUGUCAGGAAGCACCCAAUGGCAUCAGUUACCAAGAUCUGCAACAAGAGAUUUUGAGUUUACGCAUGAGUCUUCUGGAUUCGGUCCAUAGGAACGAAGAAUUGUCAGCAAUGCUAUCCAAAAAAGAUCAACAGCUUGAACAACAGGACAAAACAUCUAAGGCCCAGGCAAGAGUCAUAAAGGUUCGCGAAGAACUGAUCAACGUGCUUAAAAGCAAGGAGACGGAGCAAAGCCGUGAGCUCUCUGCGUUGCAAAAAGAUCUAGAGCACCGAAUGAAAAUUGUAGAUGAAGUGAAUAAACAGAUAGCUGCGAAAGCUGACGAGAUCCAAGAGUUGUUCGCGACGCUCGAGAACAAACAACAGCAAAUUCAUAGACUGGAGAAGAUUGUAUUGGCUUUGGAGGAGCAACAGCGGCGUGCUCAGGCGCAGCGCACGCGCCACGAGGAGAAGAUUGCUGCUCUUGAGCAUGAAAUUGCAGCUGGUGGAAUCCGACGAGAAAGGAAGUUCAUCUUUUUCUAAUUGGUUACAGCAAGAAUUGAAUAAAAUAAUCUAAUGUUACGUUGAAGAAAAUUGUGCAAGUGCUACUGGAACUUUGUAUUGUGUAUUUUGGAGUCACUAUUUGCAAGUUUUUGCUAAAUAAAAAUCUAAAAACAUU